AGCAUAUUGAGAUAGCAUCGGCAAAGAAAGAAGGGGAGUUUUUGAGUUGGGAUGAUAUACAGAAGAUGAAGUAUACGUGGAACGUAGUAUCUGAAGUUAUGAGACUGACACCACCUAUAAUGGGGGCUUAUCGAGAGGCAAUUGUGGAUAUAAAUUAUGAAGGUUAUCACAUCCCUAAGGGCUGGAAGUUCUACUGGAAUACUUCUUUAACAAGUCUGGAUUCCAAGAUUUUCCCCAACGCGACGAGCUUGGAACCAUCAAGAUUUGAAGGAGCUGGACCUGCACCAUAUACAUAUGUUCCAUUCGGGGGAGGUGCUAGAAUGUGCGUAGGGAAAGAGUUUGCUCGACUGGAGAUUCUCAUAUUUCUGCACAUCUUAAUCAGGAAAUUCAGUUGGAAAUUACUCAUUCCUUAUGAGAAAAUUAUAUAUGAUCCAAUGCCUACCCCUGUUGAAGGACUUCCCAUUAGCCUUCAACCUCACAAUUCUUGAAUCUUAUUUUUCUUAUAGAUACAAAAGAAGCAUUGCCAGCCACGUAAGUAACAAACGCCUUUUUGUAUUUGAUGUUGUGUAAGAAUUGAUAGAAGUCUACUGGAAAUAAUGAUUAAAACAAGCCUUUUGCAUUUGUUUUGUUUAAAGGAGUUGAAAAAAAAAAAAAGCUUAUGCCAAUCUAUCUCCAUGAUAAAAUCAAAAUACUAACAGGACUCGAAGUGAAAUCUCUUAAUCAUCCAAUUUGCUUGGAUUAACGCUUUCCUUCAGUCGUCAACAUCGUAACUUUGAAUUAGUAUUACGAGAUAAAUAGUACUCCCUCCAUUUCAAUUUAUGUGUCUUAAUUUGAAUCGACACAGAGUAUAAGAAAAUUAAAAAAACUCUUGAAUCUUGUCUCAAACAUAUGAUUUGUGUGAUGCAUCAAAAUGUAUUUUGAAUUUGCGGUCUGAAAUAUUUCAUAUCAGAUUGGAGGUAAAAAAUUACUAAAUAUGAAAAGUGAUAUUCUAUUCUUUUUGAAAGAUACUAAAAAGGAAAGUAAAAUAAACAAAUUGCAGCAGAAGGAGUAGUAAUAUAUUUUCUUUAGUUUUUAUUGUCUCGUUAACAUAUGUAAUACCAUGUUUUCUUUUCCAUUCUGCUUAACCUCUGUAACUUGAAUCAGCCAUCAUCAACUUAAUAUGAGCUUUACAUCCUAUAUGACACGUAUAUGACUGACUACCAGUACCCGUUUAAGUGAAAUCCGCUUCAGCAAGAAAAAGUAUAUUGAAAAGAUUGGAUUUGUGGACCCGCUUCAGGAUGGAUAACAUGUCGAAACACGUGGAUCAUUCAUAUACAUUGAGCCUGGUGAGCUGUGCUGAUAUUAUUUAACAUUUCUAAGCAUUCAGGAAAAACUCCUAUAGUUGUAUGUAAAGUACUUAUACCAUAUUAAGACCAGCACCAACUCUCCCAGUAUUUAAGCGAAAAGAGUCAAAGACUGCACCUGUCUCU